ACGGUCCCAUUCCUCUCGCCCUUCGCACCAUCUGAAUCUCAUUAUUAAUAGGAGCAACGCCGUCUCUUGAAGCUGCCUAGCUUAGCGGCUUCAAAGUUGGCUGCCCGCGCCUCACCCCAUCUCAAAGCCCUUUUGGGAGUAAGAGGAAACCAAAGCUCCAGCCUCCAACCAGCUCACCAGAGAGCAUCAACACGGUCGAUUGCUUACUGAACCCUCCACCGCUCCGAGUGAAGCGCCACGGUCCGCCAGGCCUGAAAGAUGACCCCUGAGCAUCGGCAGUGCUUUAUCUGGAUACUGAACCUUUGCCGCAACGGAUAGCUGGGAUUGACAUCGCCUCCUUGACAACUUGACCCCCGCUUCAACGCCCGCUGGGACAAUAUCCCUCCCUCCUGUUCGCUACAAAACUACUCGGUAGCACAUGGAGAGAAACACCCAUCAGCACAUCGUCACUGCUUCUGGAGUUUACCUACUAGGUCUUGCAGCUUAGCACUUGCUCCUUCGAGGUACGUACAUAAUCUUGGUUACGUUCUGCCAGCCGCGAGUUACUCGCCUCUCCGUCCUCCAGCAAGAUCCUGGCACGUUGAAGCUGUCUGGUCCAGUUGAUCUAAUCUCCAACCUCCCAGGUCAAGGCUCCAGAGAGGGCCGAACAUCUGAUUCGCCGAUUGGGUCAUCUGGCGGUAUCUUGGUAUCAGCUUCCGCCAUCACCGACCCCAGUUGCGACUCUGAGCAUAGAACCUCGAACAUCGACCCUCGCUCGACCUGAAUCAACUUUGACUCUCUGGUCACGGACCAUUCACUGUGUUCACUAUUACUAUUUCCUCUUUGCUUGUUCCACUUCACUCGCGUCACCCGUACCGAAAUCCCGUAAGCCUGGCACUGCAAACCCCCUCCAUCUUAUCUUGAUACCUUACCUUACCUCACCUUACCUUACCUCCGGAUCCCUCAGCUAUAUCUGUCUGGUCGCCCCCUCUUAACCCCUUCUCAUCCAGCCGCAUAUCUGUGCAGGAUACUCCGUGCAAGAGCGCGUCAGAUCACCCUUUGGAUCGACUCCCUAUCAUCGAGACCAUCACUGGCGCCAUCAUUGCACACUCGGGCAGAGAAAAGAAAGACGGACCCUACCUUUGCGUUACGCUACAUAACGCUACCGAGACCACCGCCGCGCCCCGCCGCCUCCUGUCCCACUUGGAAUUUCCCCUCCAUCGCGUGCUCCAGCGUCCGACUCUUACAAUAGUCCUUACCUAGCACCUCUGGCCCGGUAGCAUCGUCGCCGGUCUCUCACCUUGCAGACGAUACUCACUACUGGACCUUGACAUCUUACGGAUCCUCAAGGCAAGGUCGGCAGCAGCCUUUCCACCAAGGUUCUCCAUUGGAGAUACCGACGACGGAAUCCUGACUCGAGACGACGACGGACGCAGCUCGGCUUCAGCACCAGACACCGGGAUACCCCCCUCCAGUGUUCUUGCUGCUCACUCACUCACUCAAUCACCUCACCUAAGCAACGCUCAGCGUGCUAGGUAAUCAUUCCCAUUGCCGCUGUCCCUGUUGACCUGAGUUAUUCCCGAUCAGAGUGGAGCAGAUUGCAACAUUCAUCACACAUCCUCAUCAACCACAACAUUCGCUCACACGCUCUCAUCGUCCUUCACCUUUGCAAACCGCAUCUGACCGAGGCGCACCGCUUUUGCCGCCCGCACAGCAUCCUUGUCGCACCUCGCACCUCACACCUCACACCUCAUCCCUAACACCUUACAUCUCACACCUCACACAUUCCGCCUCACACACAUACACACACCUCCAUCACACACACACGAUUACUAUUAGCUUCUUGCCCGUUCUCACGUCGCACACCACUCGCUUCUCCAAGGCCGCCGCCAUUGCUGUCUUUCUGCCCACCUCAGGUACCGACCGUGUGGACUGGGCCUGGACUGCUGCGUGAUCCUCAGGGACCAAGACAUCGAACCAAGAAGACCUGGAGAGCUCGCGUUGUCGCCUCACCUCUCACCUCUCACCUCAGUUAAUUCUCUCUCAUAUCUGGCCUACACUAUCGCCAGGCCAUAAGCUACGCAUACUCGAUACAGCAUACCUACCCCGUGCGGCUUGGACCGGUUUCAAUCGCAGUGCUUACCAUCACUGGUCACCACUGGUCACCUGUUGACCUCAUCUCAUUGAGAGCACUCGACCUUAGUGACCUCAGUGACCUCCACUCAGUGAGUGAGUGAAAGUGAAGUGCCCCCCACCGUCUCCGGCCGGCGAAAGCAGCCCGCUCGCUGCCCUGCAACUGGGGCCCCUCGGCGAGUCCACAGCGCUCUCUGCCCACUGAAGCCGCAGCGCCCGCAGCUCCCGCGCUCUUCCCUCCUCCGCUAUCUGCGCCUGCGUCCUUCCCGCCUCUUCCACUUAGCCCCUCUUUUUUCCCUCCUCUUCCUCCUCGUCCUUGAAUCUCCCCCUCCACACUUCCUCCACCUCCCCUCCUCGUCCAGCCAAAAUGCCUUCGACCAACGGCUCCGAAUAUCGCCAUAUGCGAAGUAACAGUCUCAACAUCCAACAACAGAAUGGCCAUCCCAGUCCUAUCCUGAGCCCAAUGGCCUCCAACGCAUCUACCGCUUCCGCUGCCAGAUUCGAUGGCCCGCGCAGUCCACCGAAUACUUCCCACGUUCCCUGCAAAUUCUUCCGUCAAGGAGCCUGUCAAGCCGGCAAUGCUUGCCCCUUCAGUCACGAUUUAGGCUCGGCCGCCGAGAACAUCUGCAAGUACUUUGCAAAGGGCAACUGCAAAUUCGGUCCCAAAUGCGCAAACAUCCACGUUCUCCCCGACGGCCGGCGAAUUAACUAUGGCAAGAAUGGUGUCACGAUUGGCAAUUCUCCGAUAGCCCUCGGCGGACGAAUUAAUCCCACAGCAGCCUCCAACUACCACCCAACCAGUGCUCUCACCUCUGGCUUAUACCGCGAAGGCGUCCCUCCCUAUACAUCGGCAUACCCUUACGGCGGUGACGAGAGACAACAAUCACUGGGUCGCCAGCCUAGCCUCGAAAGCGGCCUGCCUACGAUCGAUACCACCUAUUCCCACCCCGGUUCCAACUACGGCUCGCCCCGCGAUGACGAUGCUUCUAGAUUCGGCCUCGGCUUGUCUCCUGUGAAUGCCAACGGACUGUCAGUACUGGACGCGCCACUCCCGGCAUCCUUUGACUCGCAGGGCAUGUCUAAUGCCGCCCGAUUCCCCGCUGCGCCGUGGCCUUCGUCCGUCCCUUCCAAAUUCGGCAUCGAGUCGCCCUCGCCCUCUCUGAGCAACGCCAAAGAUUCCCGAACUUCCGAAACUCUCAAGAUGCUCCACACCUCGGCAUUCGGUGGCAGUGAGUAUCUUGCUGCGGCAAACGUGACCGCUUCCAGCAGCCCCCCUGGUCAGCCCGAGGAAUACUUUGGCAAGCGAGCCAUGCAUUCGAGCCGAUACGCAAAGCCAAAGAUGCUCAGCUCGAGCAUGCCCAAGACAUCCGCCGUCGAUCACGAUUGGGAGGCCAAUUUCGGGUUCUUGGAGGAGGAUUGUGUGCCGUCCAACUUGCAGGAUCUCUUGACGCCGACUGAGAAGGCCCGUCGCGGAUCUUUGCGCACUGUUGACAGUGAGCCGGGCAGCGAGAACGGCACCAAGUUUGGCAGCCCCAUCGGCGGCGCGAGCCCGAGCAGGUGGGGCCCGCUAUUCCAGCGCCAGAAGGAAGAAGAGCUUGGCCACAAGCAUGGACCGUCGGUGUUUGGACAUGUUGGAAGCCCCCUCCGAAACUCGGUGCUCUCGAACGAGAUGGGUCACGGCAGUGCCAUGGCCCGGCCAAUCGGCUCCCGUGCCGGCAGCGAGACCAUGUCGGCACUCACACAACAGCUUCAGCGCACACGGCUGGGUGACGACGGAAGCAGCAGCCCCCACUUGCAUCCUUUGGCGGCAACGGGCCGAGCCCCGAGCAACAACGGUGCUGGGCCCAUUGGCAAGGAACGGGACCGCGCGAUGGAGCGUCACGUCUCCAGUGGCUCCAUCAGUUCCUCCGUGACGGGACGAUACACGACGCCCAUCGACGAGGAGGAUCCUGCCUUUGUGUUCAACAUGGAGGAGGAGGAAGAUCAGUCGUCGGCACGGCUCCGGAAGCGUGGCUCGGCCGGUUUUGGCAUCGGUGGUGGUGGAUGGAGCUACGCCAACGCUCUGUCCAACAAAGGUGCCACCUCCGGUUCCGGUUUGGCCAAGGAACAGCGAGAGCCAUCGGUCAGCGUUGAGACCGUUGGCGGGCGUUGAUUGCUAGCUAUGCUUCAUGGCGGGACGAAGGAAGUUUUCAAAACACCGGCAACUAGAGUAAGCAUAGCGACAGCCUUGCAAAGUGUCGCGUUUCCAGUGGCAUUUGUUUCAUAGCUCUCGACAUUUACACCCUGACGACACUCUACGACACACACACACACACAACAAAUACAUAUUUCAGCCACGAUUUUCACAGCAUGCAUGGGCAAAAGCCAAACGGAAAACGAAAAAUUCAACCGGUCUACAAAAUCAAUGGGACACGAGUAAGGGAUCGGAUCUACACGGUGGCUUGCUUAUACAACAGGAUAGGGAGUUUGUUGGAGUUUUUGUCGAUGCCGAGUCGCUUUUGGCUUUUGAGGAUUGAAUAUUGGAGGAUUAAUACUACCAAACUGGCUGAACAUAGGAUGAUGGCCUUGCAAACAUGGAGAAUCCACUGUCAAAGUUCUGGGACUGGUGGUUUCCUUCGCCUUGCGCGCUAGGUGAAGUGUAGCCUCUCAAUGCUUGGGUCAGGCAGGGGAAUGCUGGAUACGUCAAGCAGAGGAUGGCAUUAACUUGUGAUCCUUGGCUAGAGGAGGUAACAAAUGACCUAGGAAAAAAAAACUGGCUUUGGCUGGCACAAAAGUCACAGGUCGACUGGCUGCGUGACAUGGCACCGCAUUAGAGACGCCUGGAAGAGGAAAAGCAGAUACCACCGUCUAAUUUUCGUUCAUUAUAUAAAAGCUGAU